UGAUGGGAACUUUUGGAUACAUGGCUCCUGAAUAUGCAUCAAGUGGCAAGUUGACUGAGAAAUCGGAUGUGUUUUCAUUUGGCGUUGUGCUUCUGGAGCUAAUAACUGGGCGCAAGCCUGUGGAUGUAUCUCAACCCUUGGGAGAGGAGAGUCUAGUGGAGUGGGCUCGACCUUUGCUUAAUCAGGCACUUGAUACCGAGGAAUUUGAAGGGUUAGCAGAUCCAAGGCUUGGAAAAAACUUUGUUGAUAGUGAAAUGUUUCGGAUGAUUGAGGUAGCUGCAGCUUGUGUGCGACAUUCAUCUGCAAAGAGACCACAGAUGGGGCAGGUUGUGAGAGCCUUCGACAGUAUGGCUACCUCAGAUCUAACAAAUGGUAUGAGAGUGGGUGAAAGUGAAAUAUUUAACUCGGCACAACAAUCCGCAGAAAUAAGAUUGUUUCACAGGAUGGCAUUUGGUAGUCAAGAUUACAGUACAGAGUUUUUUAGUAGCUGACUAGCUAAGGGAGGUCCUGGUCAUCAUUGGCAGAGAUUUGGGUCCAAAUUCAGAGAGUUUAUCCAGCUUAGGUUUGUAUCUAGGUUCAUUUUUGGCACAUAUAUAUACACACACACAUACAUGUUAUUCUUUACUGCAAUUUUUUCAUCCCCGUAAGUAAGCAG